ACGCCAGAAGCCCUCCCUGAAAGCGGGUGGGAAAGAGGAGGCCUCAGCUUGGUGAGGCUGAGCUCGGGGAGGAGGAGGAACUCUUUGACGCGGCGGAGGAGUCGAGAGAGGGCUAGCUCCGCCAUCUUUGGUUCAGUGCGGCGGCCGCGGCGGCGUUAGCGGCUGCUGGGGUGAAGCAGGAGGAGGAGCUGAGAGGGCGCUGGCACCAAGGCCUGACCAUGGACGAGGAAUACGAUGUGAUCGUGCUGGGGACCGGCCUUACCGAAUGCAUCCUGUCGGGCAUUAUGUCUGUGAAUGGAAAGAAAGUGCUGCACAUGGACCGGAACCCCUACUAUGGGGGUGAGAGCUCCUCCAUUACACCCCUAGAGGAGCUAUAUAAGCGCUUUCAGUUGCUGGAGGGGCCACCUGAAUCAAUGGGCCGGGGCCGAGACUGGAAUGUUGACCUGAUCCCCAAAUUCCUCAUGGCCAAUGGUCAGCUGGUGAAGAUGCUACUGUAUACAGAAGUGACUCGCUACCUGGACUUCAAGGUAGUAGAAGGCAGCUUUGUCUACAAAGGCGGCAAGAUCUACAAAGUGCCAUCUACUGAGACUGAGGCACUGGCUUCCAAUCUGAUGGGCAUGUUUGAAAAACGGCGUUUCCGCAAGUUCCUGGUUUUUGUGGCAAACUUUGAUGAGAAUGACCCCAAGACUUUUGAAGGUGUCGACCCCCAGACUACCAGCAUGCGUGAUGUCUACCGGAAGUUUGACUUAGGCCAGGAUGUAAUCGACUUCACUGGCCACGCCUUGGCACUCUACCGCACUGAUGACUACCUGGAUCAGCCUUGUCUUGAGACUAUUAAUCGCAUCAAGUUGUACAGCGAGUCCCUGGCUCGGUAUGGCAAGAGCCCCUAUUUGUACCCACUCUAUGGCCUGGGUGAACUGCCCCAGGGCUUUGCAAGAUUGAGUGCCAUCUAUGGGGGGACAUACAUGCUGAACAAACCUGUGGAUGACAUAAUCAUGGAGAAUGGCAAGGUGGUGGGUGUGAAAUCUGAGGGAGAGGUGGCCCGCUGCAAGCAGUUGAUCUGUGACCCCAGCUAUAUCCCAGACCGCGUGCGGAAGGCUGGUCAGGUUAUUCGCAUCAUCUGUAUCCUCAGCCACCCCAUCAAGAACACCAAUGAUGCCAAUUCCUGCCAAAUCAUCAUCCCCCAAAACCAGGUCAACAGAAAGUCAGAUAUCUAUGUGUGCAUGAUCUCCUAUGCGCACAAUGUGGCCGCACAGGGCAAGUACAUCGCUAUUGCCAGUACCACGGUAGAGACUGCAGAGCCAGAAAAGGAAGUUGAGCCUGCGCUGGAGCUGCUGGAACCCAUUGACCAGAAGUUCGUGGCUAUCAGUGAUUUGUAUGAGCCUAUUGAUGAUGGUUCUGAGAGUCAGGUAUUCUGUUCCUGCUCCUAUGAUGCCACUACACACUUCGAGACUACCUGCAACGACAUCAAAGACAUCUACAAACGCAUGGCUGGGUCAGCCUUUGACUUUGAGAACAUGAAGCGCAAACAGAAUGAUGUCUUUGGAGAAGCUGACCAGUGAUUGCUGAGCCCUUCCCCUAGCCCCUGCUGCCCUCGCCCCUACCUGUCUGUCCUCCUCCAGGGCUAGGGAGAUGGAGAUGGUAUGCCUGGGCAUCCCCAUUUCCAGCAUCCUUUGCUUCCCCCACCACAUUCCUGUCACCCACCUCAUUGAUUCACUGACCAAAUCCUUAACCUUAGUGAUGGUUUGGGAGAUGGGGCCUGCCCUUGUCCUAGGAAAGGAGGAUUCCCGUUCUUGUUUGUAUGUUUCCUCCCCCACCCCCUAGUUCUGCUCUGCUUGGGAAGGACGUGGAGGAACAGCUGACUUCUGCCCCCACUGCUCUAACCCCCACUGUAGUGGCCUUUGGAGAUGCCCCUGCCUCCCCCCACCAACUCUUGCGUGUUGGAGAGAAGGGGCCCUCCCAGCACAAAAUGGCAUUCCUUCCCCCCCCAUAAUUUAUUCUAAUUUAUUAACUUUGGCCCGCCCACCUGAGCCCACUGUCUUCUGGUGCACCCUGGGACUGUAGAGUGAGGUUUCCUGGCCCCUCCCAGCCCUGGCAAAGCCUGGGAAUGGAUUGGUGGUUUUAGGUGUGGCCCCUCAGAGGUUUAUCUGUUUUUAUUCCUUGUCUUUGUAUUUGUGUUCUUUGAUACUUGCUGAGAAAAAGAAAUGUGAGCAAAGCAGAAGGAGGUGGGAAAGUGGAUCCAAACCCAGUGUGCCCUGCCCCAUGCCUUUCCUUUAGUGGUGGGAAACCCUUAUCUUGCAAAGUGAAUGUGUCCCUUUCCCCAACCUCUAGUGUUAUUUCACAGGAAAAACAAAAACAAAAACAAAACUCCCAAUAAAACUGUUGAAACCUGA